GUCCAAACCGGAGAAGCUAAAGCACUUUUAAAAACAAACAGCUUAAUCCAUGGUUUCUAUUGGCCGUGGCUCGUAUUAGUAGUUGGCGAGGCUCUCAGCCAAUGGGGAAGUGCGAAAGGCACUUUUGAAAGGAAAAACAGUGCGCGCGCGAGCCGAGCGGUGGGUUAGAAGCGCGGCGGUUGAAUUUUAUUUCAUUUUCAGGUAGCGUGACGAGAUUCCUCUAUGGAGGCUCUUACUGUGCAGCAGCUGGAAAAGCUCAAGUACUGCGAGCUUCAGCGUCUGGCCAAGAGCGCGGGAUUGAAAGCUAACCUGAAGGCAGACAAGUUGUUAAAGGCAUUGAAGCAGCACUUUCAUGAAAUCAUAAAGGAAAACAGAAAUAUGGUAUCUACAGAUACCAAAGAGCUUGAUGGUGGUCAAAUACCUCCAAAUGAGACCUUUGUGACUCAAAGAUGUAAAAAAAAGAAGGGAGACAACGAUGAUCAGGGAAAUCCAGAGGGGGAAGCUGUUAAUGAGGGAAAUCUAGAACUCUGUCCAGAGAAAGAGAUUUUUUCUGAGCUGAAAGAAAAUGAAGAGCCACAGGAUACUAGAGCUGAAAGGAAUUUGAAGACGAACCAAACUGAGCUUUUGGCAAACAGUGGACUGGCAAAGAAUGUAGCCACUCCAAGUCAAUGUAAAGAGAAGUUUUCUGCUAAACAUGGAAGAACUGAACAUAAGACUCUUGUGGACCCUCUUUCUGGAAAGAAGUCUCGGUACACAGCUAGUCUAUCAAAACCUGGGAGAACAGGAUUUGCUACUACCACUCCAAAUUUCAAGAAACUUCAUGAGGCCCAGUUCAAGAAAAUGCAAUCUAUUGAUGAUUACAUUGAAAGAAAAACAAAGAUGAUUAAAAACUUCAGUAAUUCAGUUAAUGAUGUUAAGAUGUUGGCUAUGAAGAGUAACUAUCUGAAGACUUUUAAAAAAGAAACUCCAAAUAGUAAUUCCACGGGAUGUUCCAGUUUCAGAGAGUUUUUAUUAAGUCCUAAUCCCCAUGGGAACAAUUUUGUGGCUACACGUACUCCUGCAAGCCAGCGGCGCUCACCACGUCAUUCUGUCAGCAACGGAAAUAAAAGUAUUUUAACUCAGAAAUCAUCAUUCAACCCAAACAGUCUCUCUGCAAUCAAAAUGAAUGUCAGAUUUUCAGAAGCCACCAAGGAUAAUGAACACAAACGCUCUCUUAUCAAGACUCCAUCUAGAAAAUCUCCUUUCUUGAACACUUGCACCCCGGAUAGCCAGAAGACCAGUGUAUCUGUUUCUAGAAAGAACUUCAGGGGAAGCACAACAAAAUGUCAGCUAACAGAAAGCUCAAACUCUGCUGUUACCCUCAAGUUUGAAGUGCAAACAGCAGAACCCACAAGCACCAAGAAGCCAACAUUUGACCUCAAAGCUAGUUUGUCAAGACCACUUGGUUAUCAGCCACACAAAGGUAAACUGAAACCUUGGGGUAAAUCAAAGGAAAACAUCCAAAAUGUGUGUUCCCACAAGAGAGAUUAUAAACAGCCAGUUCUCACAACCCGAGAGGAGAGGCGAGAGAGACAUGAGGAAGGGAGAAAACUGAGAAAAGACCAGGCACUUGGAAUCCGCAGAGGAUUGACUCUUGCUUAGAGUUAACCCCCGAAUUACUCUGUAAAUAAUAUUCUUUGUGUAAAAUUAUUUCCUACUUCCUUGUAAAUAUUUUAACUUUUUCCUGUUCAGUGACUUGCUUAAGACACUCUGAAUAGAACUAGUCUAACAGGCUUUAGCACCAUUACAGUCAGUUAUUUUAGCUACUGAGACUCACAUACAAUCUUGAAAGACUGUAAGCAAAAGAAUUGCAAUUAUUGUACUGUUAUCCUAGGUCUCCAUUUAUGUUUUUCAAAUGUUUAUCAAAUUAUCCUGGACUACUUGGAAAUGAACCAUUUUCUGACAAAAGCUGUUUUUUUACUAUAUUUGAGGGUGGAGACAAAAUGGAAAUGUUUUUAUAUGCAUGCUUAAUUGAAGAGAAAAUA